AAGGGUUUUCACAUCGGCCCAGUGAUCUACUGGUGUGAAUUAUAAAAUAAAAGGUUGUAACAGUUCAACACCUGCCAUCAGAGGACCCACUUACAGUGUAUGAUGGAAUGUAGAAGAGCAACUGGAAAGCUGCCAGACAGGUUUGACGGCAACUAAUUCAGGUUCUUAGGAUGCGGCCACAGCACUAUAAAGAAACAGCAGGAUCGAGCGCAGGUCUGGUUGGCUUCCGCUGCUUCAUCACAGCAGGUAAAGUUUCUUAUGUCAGCGUCUCUGCUUCUUGCUUCAGGCUGCAUGCUCCUGACUGACAGGUGUGACAGACUGACCGGUAGACGUGCCACCGAGACAGGUAAUGAGGUCACAGGGUUGCUGACAGCAUAACAAAUGCAGGCUAAGUGUGGACUAUUCUGUGCUGAUCUUUGGUUGAUCCAGGAGACCCUGUAACUGCCAUUCUGAUCAGACGUUGAGCUUGCACCUUCCAAUGGGUCACACUAGUUCUAGUCCAAAUGAAAAAUCAAGUCCAACAUUUCCUAAGAAAAGAAGACACAAUGAAGACAUCACUGCACUGUCCGGUCUACAAACUCAACCUGCGGCUUUCGUGACUGAAGACGCAGUUCUGAAACUGCAAAAUCAAGCGUGCAGUCUGAACUCACAAAAAAGCAAAGGUUUGAAAGAGAAGUUUUCAGAAGUUUUAACAACAUUACCUCAUGAAGAUCUCCUCAAAAUCACUCUUUUCUACAAGGCCCAGCUUGUGUAUGUGAUUGAAUACGACACUGACGCCAUUCUGCAGAACCUGGUCACCAAACACAUCUUCAGCCACAAUGAAGCAAAGAGGUUUAAAGCCAAAGAAAAGUCUGAAGGGGCUGCAGGUGUAGAGUCUUUCAUCGGUGAUAUGAUGAAGAAGGACAGAGAGGUUCUGGUCAGUCUAUGGGUGACACUAGCAGAAGAGCUUGCAAGAUUUCCAUCCCAGACCUUGACAAGAAUGCUGGAAGAGCUGGCAGAGGGAGGACCGGACCUCUUGAAUGACAUUCAGUCCAGUCUCGCGUCCCAUCACAUUAAGACUCAUAUUAAAGAUCUCCAGUUGGCGCACAGAAGAUUUAAAUUUAAAUCAUCAAGAGCUAUGGAGGGUCAGCCUUCUCCUGGAUGUCCACAAAUCAGAGCUACUACAUUUAAUACCCAAUACACACAAUUGAUAGUCAUUGAAGAGGAGAGAGAAUCCCUUACAAAGGCUCAGCAAGACCUUCCAAAAACCUUAGGGACUCAUGCAGAGCUGGUAGAAGAGCAGACCAAACAAAAAUAUAAGCAAAUCUGGAUUGAGCAUCUUUUCAGAAAGAGUCCUGGAGUCAAGUCUUCCCCACACCUUGUUGUAGUCAGUGGAGUGCCUGGAAUUGGAAAGUCCACCAUGGUACAGAAAAUUCUGUUUGACUGGGCCAGAGGUGCAGGGUAUCAAAAGUUUGCAUUUGUGUUCCUGUUUAAAUUCAGAGAGCUGAACCUUCAGGAAAAUGAGAAGGAGCCCAAGAUCUCACUGACAAAGCUGAUUGCGAGGCAGUAUAAACAUCUUGACGAUGUGAGGCUGAAAGAAAUCCUGCUGAGGCCCAAGUCUCUCCUCUUUAUAUUUGAUGCGCUGGAUGAGUACAAACACAAACUGGACUUCACCCAGAGGAAGCUCUGCUCCAACCUUGAAGACUGCUUCCCCGUUCAUGUCCUGAUUACCAGUCUGAUCAGACGGAAGUUACUGAAGGGCUCUUCCAUUUUGAUCACGAGCAGACCAGGAGCCCUGGAACCCUUUAAUAAGACAAGAGUUGAUCGAUUUGCGGAGAUCCUAGGGUUCUUCACUGAACAAAAGCUGAUGUACUUUAAGAAGUUCUUUGGAGAAGUUGACCUGAAAGCUGAGGUGUUUCAAUACGUGAAGAAGAAUGCCUCCCUCUACACCAUGUGCUUCAAUCCUUCCUACUGCUGGUUCACCUGUUUGGUGCUGAAGGACCACUUCACUAAAUCCAAAGAAGACAGAAAAGCUGCCCCCAAAACUGCCACUGAACUCUUUGUGAUGUUCCUUCACAAUAUCCUCAUCAAACAUAAAAAAGAAGCCGAUGACAAGCGAGGGAUUCUGGUGAAACUAGGAAAGAUGGCUUAUUACGGAGUGGACAAUGGGAUUCAUGAAUUUUAUCAGAAUAUGGAGAUGUCUGCUUUUGGUCUCCAGUCAUUCCUGUCAUCUUGUUUCCUUAAAGGAAUCCUGCAGAGGCAAAGCACCCUGGACCAGAUGGCGUUCAAAUUUGUCCACUACAAUCUACAGGAGUUCAUGGCUGCCUGCUCCGUCUUCCUAGACCCAUCAGUUGAAAUCCAAGAUCUUCUUAAGAAGCUGCAGUCCUGUAAAGAUGGCCGGUUUGAAGUUAUUACACGAUUCCUCAUAGGACUGUCCAGGCCUUCAGUAAUUAAACCACUACAGGAAGUCCUUGGCGAUUUUGAACGUAAGCCAGCAGUGCAAAUUAUGACAUGGGUGAAGCAGAAAGCUGGACAAACUCUCCAAGGUGAAGAUAAGAGUGAAGCAGUGAGAGUGUUGCAGUGGCUCUAUGAGUACCAGAGUAAAAAAACAGUAAGAGACAUAAUUGGGAAGAAUUUAACUCUGGAUAUCAGAGGCACCAUAUUAUCUCCUCUAGACUGUGCUGGGCUGAGCUACAUUAUCAGCUGCUGUGGACAACUUGAAGAGCUUAACCUCUCGGGAGUAAAUCUCACCACACGUUGCACCAGAAGACUGACGGAAGGUCUGAGCCGCUCUAGACAUGUACGGCUGGUGUCCUGUGGUCUGACCUAUAAAUGUAGUGAGGCACUCUCCUUGGUUCUGUGUGUACAAGACUCCUACCUGACAGAGCUGGACCUGACCGACAAUAAACUGAGGGAUUCAGGGGUGCAUCUGCUGUGUGAAGGGCUGAAGAACCCACUCUGUAAAUUAGAGAAGUUGUGGCUUGUGUCAUGUGGCCUCACCUCAGGAUGCUGCACUGCUCUCUGCUCGGCUCUUUCUUCAGAACAUUCACACCUGACUGCCCUGUGGCUGGAAGGCAACAAACUGGGGGAUUCAGGAGUUCGUCUCCUGUGUGACGGGCUGAGGAAUCGAAGCUCAAAAUUGAUGAUAUUUUAUUAAGGAAUCAAUGAGGUAAGAGUGCGGAGAGGAGCCGAACAAAUGUAAAAGAUGACUGAAGAAAACUGUGCCAGCAUUUGAUUGGAGGCUGAACCUCCUGUCAGCUCACAUUCGCUGAAGAUCUGUAAGCAGCUCUACUUGAACAUUUUUCAAAAUCAUUCACCCCUGCACUUCAGAAUGAUUGAAUAACAUCGCAAGGGCAAUGGAUGAGGCAGAAUUGACUUUUCAGCCUAUUGGCAAUCAACUAAAAUGCUUCAAAAAUGUACAUAGUGUGCAAGUACAUGUGCAAGUAUGGUAUAUGGAGGAAGGCUGUCCCAACAAAUUUCAAUUAAAAUUAACAGGAGGUGUCUUUAAAUUAUUGUGAAGUUAAUUUGAAAUACUGGGAUAUCAAGGAACAUAUGUAACUGGCCCAACGAAUUGAAUCAUGUGCUGAUGGCCGUUUUUUUUGUUUUUUUUUAAACAGUGGUCUGUUACUGGAUUACGUGUGGUGAAAAAAGCAGGAAAAAAUUGUAUAUGAAAACAAUGAUUUUGAAAAACUAAAAUAAAAUGGCAUUAAUCUGUGGGAAAAGGUUAGGAGUGAUGAUGAGGAGAAGAGGAAGGAAUCAGAUUGGUACAAGUGCUUGUUUCUGGAAUGCCAUCAGUACUUAUUUUCAAGUCAGAGUGACCCUUUAUUGUGUGUGCCCCCUUUUAAUGCCAAUUAGAGAAAGAAAACUUGUAGCACUGAUGUAAACUGGAUAGAAGACAAAUAACAGUGGCAGACCACUCAUUUCUGUUAAGCAACAGCAGACAAGACCACAGAGAACACUCUGUUCUUUGAGUGAGACAUGAAUGCUCAGCAAUGCAUCAGAACGUGUGAGCAGGUGUCCAACAACCACUGGCAAAACAUUUAGGAAAAGUGGAGUUUAAACGGGGCCUUACACUUACAUUCAGGUGUCCAUUUUAUGAACCUUUUUAUUCCACUUCAGGGUCACAGUUGGAACUUGCAAUUUUACUUUAAACUCGAGAAAUAUCACUAGGCCUUGUUCCAAAUCAUCAACGGAGCUUGGCCAUUACUGUACAUGAGAACCUGGCUGCAGACAGUAGUGUCGCCAUUCAGUGUUCUUCUUUAUUAAUAUUAUAAAGCAGAGAACUUUAAGAUUCAUCUUGAGGUAUCUGAGAUGAAUCAAUCCAUAAAACAGUUGUGAUAUUCAGGAUAUCUCUUUAUUUUGAUGAACAAUAAUUUUGUUUGAAUUUUGAUGUGAAUUUCCCCUUGGGAUUAAUAAAGUAUCUAUCUAUCUAUCAGAUUCUUAACAUUGCUUUUAGUUAAUUUAUUUCUGUCAGGGUAGUGUGAGCAGGGCAAGGUUGGAUGAAGAGGUCGCCAAAAGCACACCAGUUCUGCACAGAAUACAAUUUUGCUUUUUGCUUUUCCAUUGCCUGCUGGUCUUAUCCUAACAUAUUCAUAAAUUUUUCCAUUUAAUUGUUAAUACUUAAUUGCAGUAUGAGCCUAGCUUAUCACACUACAUUUAUAUACAAUAUAUAUAUUUACACAUGUGGUGUUUGCAUUUUGAUUUUAACAUUACUGUAUUUAUACUGAAUUUAACUGAAGUUUACUGCAUUUGUACAUCUGCACAGUUCCCUAAAUGUGUUAAUGGAAUUAAUUUGCUACAUGCAGUCACACUUAUAGUUUCUAUUGGCUAUGUACUGUAAUUCAUUGUGUGUGUGAUGGUGGAUGUUCUUUGUUACAAUAUUUCUGUAUUCCAUGAGCUUCUGUAAAAGUUAAUUUCUCCCUGGGAAAAAAUACAAUUAAAUGUAUGUAUCUA